CGCAACGUCGGUCGCCGCUCGUACGCUCAGUCGAUCAGAGUCGCGCGUCGAACCGAGACACACCGGCGUGCGCUCGCAAAGGCCUAAAAUCCACAAAUCGGUAUUAUACUACCGACCGUGUUCGUUACCUUGAAGGUAUUCAAGCAAUCGAGCAACGACUUAGUGAGAAGUGAGUGAACAGCUGACUGCCGGCUGCCGAAUUGUGUGUGAUUGGAGAUUUGAUGACAGCGAAAUUCAGUGAACUAUGUGCCAGCCCAGCUAGCACCCAACGACAUCCCACACAAGUGAUGCACAGGGACUUCAGCUCCCUCUAGCGCACCAGUUCCCCCUUCAAGAUGUCCGUGGAGACCCAGGAGUACAUCAACGGCAUGAGGGAGGGCCCAUUGACCAGAGAGAUCCCAGAAUGCAUGCGAAACAAAUAUACUAUAGUGCAGACCGUUUUUGAUAUUAUAUGGUUCCUUCUCCUCGCCGCCGGACAUAUCAUCCUAGGGAUAUACAGAUACAUUGUUGGAUAUCCAAAGAAGGACUUGAAGGGGGGAAUAGCGGUGGUGACGGGCGGAGGCGGCGGCCUAGGCAGCCUCAUAGCGCUUCGCCUUGCGAGAUUGGGAUGCAAAGUCGUGCUAUGGGAUAUUAACAAACAAGGAUUGGAUGACUCGGAAAAACUAGUGAAGGGUAUUGGAGGGGACUGCUACUCCUACGUGGUGAAUCUAGCUGAUAAGGAAGACAUUUACCGAGUUGCCAAAAAGGUUCACGAAGAAGUGGGUAGGGUGAGUCUGUUGAUAAACAACGCAGGCGUGGUGUCGGGGCAGUACCUGCUCGAUACGCCGGACUAUCUUAUACAGAGGACGUUUGACGUCAACGUUUUGGCGCAUAUAUGGACGGUAAAAGCUUUCCUGCCCAAGAUGAUCGAACACAACGACGGUCACAUAGUGACCAUAGCAUCCAUGGCGGGCCACGUUGGCGUGGCCAAGCUGGUGGACUACUGCGCGUCGAAGUCUGCGGCCUGCGGCUUCGAUGAGGCCCUGAGAUUGGAGCUGGAGGUGCGGGGCGCGAAGGGGGUGACCACGUCGCUCAUCUGCCCGUACUUUAUCCGGUCUACGGGCAUGUUCGAGCAGGUUAAUUCGAGGUUUGUGCCUCAGCUGAACGCGAACGAGGUAGCGGACCGAGUGGUCCUCGCUAUCCGUACCAACGAGGCCCUUGCCGUCAUGCCGGGCUACUUCAGUUUGCUCCUGCCUUUCAAAUGGCUCGUCCCGUGGCCAUGUCUGUCGGAGUUCCUGCGGCGCCUGGUGCCAGACGCGGUGCCGAUCACGCCCUUGCAGUCGUCGCCGGCGCCGGCCCGGCCCGCGCCGCUGCCCGCCAAGCCCGACGCGCGCCCCAUGACGCUGGCGCCGCCGCGCCGCCACGACCGGCACGUCUGACGGGUGGGGAUGCGACAUGCGUGGACUUAGGUGAUAUUGCUAACUGGAUUACCAUUGGACCCUUAUUCAGUGACAAGGCAGCACUUUUAGCUGCCUUCUCUAGGGCUGUAAGUUCUAGACUGAGCAAUCGAUGAAUUCAUUAUAGGUAUUAUGACCAUUGGUAAUGUACGCGGAACGUUUGAUUGAGGCAGCUUGAUGACAUUAGAAGAAAAUGACUGGUAGCUCGUCGACCACUUUGUUUUUGUGGCUAAAAACCAUAAAUUGUAUUGGUAAACGAGCUUCUUAGUGCAGCUAGUUAGCCGUAUCGCGAUUUCUUCCCGCGAGUUAAAUAAAUCCCCAGAAUUGUUAUAUCGUGAUGCAAAAAGAGAGACUCUAUCAAAAGGUUUGAUGAUCAAAGGGGAAAACCUAGUGAAUGCUGUUAUAGAAGCUAAUGCUUGAUUUGUUAAUUAUUGAUGCUUGAAUGAUUAAUGGAAUUGUAUACAAACAACAGCAAAACGUAUUUUACUACACUUUACCUUAUUAUACUGAGUGUGGCCUGUAACACGAGCUAUAAAUUUAGCUUUAGGCUGUACUCCUCAAACUUACUCACAUAUGUUCAGCGAUUUUUGAAAAUUAUGAAUUCUUUAGAUUUUCUAUUUUUCAUACAUGUUAAAUAUUACCUUCAAUGUACGCUAUCAUUAGUGUAAUUGCCGUUGAUUGUCACGCUUUAAAAAUAUAUAUACGUAUAGCAAAAUUCGAAUUACAUUGCAUCUUAGAAUAAAAUUUUAAAGUUUUCUAAAAAUCAAAAUAAAAGUUAUUUUUAAAAGUCGCUGAACAAAUGUUGGUCAGUUUAAGGAGUACAGUCUACAGUUUAAUUUUUUGCUCCUGUUACAAGCCCCACCAGGUUAAAACGAAAAAUAGACCCGAACAGCUAUAAGAACGAUUAAGGUAUUUUUCCUAGUUAUUUGGCAUGUUGGUAAAGUCUCUCACAAGUAUUUUGAUACGUAGGUACUUAGUUAAUUUUAAAGUUGUUAUAGCAAUUGUUGACCAAAAAUUGCGUGUAUUGAGAUGUUACGUUUCAAAAUAAUUGAGGUAUAUUUAAGGUUCCCGUUAUCUCAAAUGUCGUAUAAGCUUUGAUGAUACCAUUCUAUGAUCUGAGGAUCAGAGGGACUACCGCGAACCACGUUCGACGUGUUGCCUUCCUGUCACACUUACGUACGAAUUUACAAGUGCGACAGAGAGGCAGCACGUCGAACGUGGUUCGCGGUAGGCCUUCAGACCCUACAGAAAAGUGCCAUCGACAAAAUACGUAACUUUUGGUAUACUUAUAACUUCAUUAGUACAAAUUGAUUACCUGUCGUGAACAUUUUCUAAAUAAUGCGACUAGAAUUGAAACGGAACCUUAGAAUACGAUCCGUUAUUCUUUAAAAAUUACUAUAUCUGUAAUUAUGCUAUAUAAAUAAGCAAGUAUUUAAAACUUUCUCAGACCCGUUUGAACAGUACUCUUUUAUUUGAUCCAGCUUUUAGAUUUUAAUGUAGGGUAAGGCAGGGUUAAAAUAUAGGUAGGUAAGGUAAAAAUUGCUACUAUACCAUACCUCAUCCGUUAAUACAGUCCGCUUGGCAUCGUAGUGACCGUAGUAUGAAGGAGUUACAUAAACUGUCUUAGGCAUAGUGGACCCACGGUAGUCUUCCCCCGGGCCCCGGCCUUUCCUGCCUAACCUAAAAGUGUGGACCUGUUUUCUGUAUGAAUAGAGUAAAUAUAGGGAAAUCAAUAUAUACUGAAUUACGUUUUUGUUAGUUAGAACAUCUCCAAAAUCUUCAGUUUCGCCCAAAUAUAAAUAAGACAUGGAGGCCAAUUCGAAAAUAUUCUGAUAUCAAAAUGAUGUCAUUUUCUUAUCAUUCACGCAAAAUCACAGUUAAGCGUUAAGUGGAACCCUAUCGUUAUGACGAUAACUGGACACUUCAGUCACAGUCGUAGUGUCUAUGUGAUAUUGAUAGAGUUUCCUCUAAGAUCUGUUCAUUGAUUUUAGCUCAUCCUAUCUGUCUUUUUAAAACCGGCGUUCAAUAUAAAUUUACAAAUAUUUGGUUUCAAUUGUCAGAUUUUGCAAUUGCGCUGUUUGACCCUAAGGUCUGUUUACUUACCAAGUUUUCAACUUUAACUUAGGUUAAGUAAUGUAGUGUAUUGUUACUGUGGUACUUAGUCAAACUAAGAAACGACGAGGAUGUGAUAGCGAUUACCUUAUACGAUAUUGUAGCGACAUCGAUAUUAAUUACAUUCCAUAAUUAAGUUACCUUUUAAAUACGUAAUCAUCAAAUGUACUAACGAAGAACCUCUGCACCCACUAAAUAAGUACCUAAAUUAGAACUUUACGUAGGCCUAUUUCGAACACCUAUACUUACACUACCUAUACUUUUAAGAAUAGUGAGAACCUUUCAACCUUUUGAGGGUGAGUGUUUCAAAUAGCAUUUGAAAUAGUCCUUCGUGAUGGAUGAUGUGUACAAAAGCGUUGUUUAUGGAAAGCAUUGAUGUGACAAUUUUCUGACUUUAUCAUAGACUCUUCUCUACGAUAGAGCUUUUAUAAUACAACUGCUGAGUAUAGGUAGCAUGCAAUGCAAAAAAAGUGUUAAUCUUUCGUAGAAGGGAUAAUUGAGACGUAAAAAAAAGCAAUAUAUGAAACUUCUCUUGCUGCGAAUUAAGAGUAAAAUCACGCUCCGUUACAUGAGAGCAAAUAUGAUGAAGAAUUGAUGGUAAUAGAGAGGUAAAGUCUAAGGAAAAAACGUACCCCUUAGUUUGACAACCAAAUCAGAUGGCGCUGUACCGCGCCAUACGUUUUGCGGUCACUGACUUGUCAAACGUCAACUUUUAACAAUUAGAGUUACCGCAAAAAGGAUGGAGAUGUACAGCGCCAUCUCGUUUACCUAUCAAAUUCGAAGCACGAAAUUGUCUUAGAUUUUACACAUCUUACUCAAUCAAUGUAUCUUUGCUGAGAGAUAAGAGAGAUGUGAUGUA